GGCAGCGGUGGCGACAUGAGCAGCGGGGCGGCGUCCGAGACAGGGCGGGGGCGGCCCCGGGGCGGGGGGCCGGGGCCCGGGGACCCCCCGCCCAGCGAGACACACAAGCUGGUGGUCGUGGGCGGCGGCGGCGUGGGCAAGAGCGCACUGACCAUCCAGUUUAUCCAGUCCUACUUCGUGUCCGACUACGACCCCACCAUCGAGGACUCCUACACGAAGAUCUGCACCGUGGAUGGCAUCCCGGCCCGGCUGGACAUCCUGGACACGGCGGGCCAGGAGGAGUUCGGGGCCAUGCGGGAGCAGUACAUGCGUGCGGGCCACGGCUUCCUGCUGGUGUUUGCCAUUAACGACCGGCAGAGCUUCAACGAGGUGGACAAGCUCUUCACGCAGGUCCUCCGGGUGAAGGACCGCGACGACUUCCCCGUCGUGCUGGUCGGCAACAAGGCGGAUCUGGAGUCGCAGCGCCAGGUCCCCCGAUCUGACGCAUCGGCUUUCAGCGCCGCCCACCACGUGGCCUACUUUGAGGCUUCCGCCAAACUGCGCCUGAACGUGGACGAAGCCUUCGAGCAGCUGGUGCGGGCCGUCCGGAAAUACCAGGAACAGGAGCUGCCCCCCAGCCCGCCCAGCGCCCCGAGGAAGAAGGACAGGGGCUGCCCCUGCGUCCUCCUGUAGCCCCCGGGACAGCCGCAGCCGGCACAAAGCCUGCGGGACCAGCUGCCUUGCACCUCGCUGUGCGACCUGAGGCUCUCGCCGAGCCCGCCCUGCCCUGUCUGGGUCUCCCAGGCCACACCACCCCCGGCCCUGCCUCCCUGGCCUCUCCCAGGCCAUCACCACUGUGUGCCUUCAGCCGUCGCCUCCACAGCCCACCCAAGCCCCUGGUGGGGGACUCACUGCUGUAUAUAUCUUCCUUCCCCCCGAAAAAUAAACGGCCCUGCUGAUGUCA